UUUCUCAAUUUUCCGCGAAUGCAGGAUUAUAUGCCAUAAUGUUGAAAUAUAAUCAGACGAAUACACCUCGAAAAAUUAUUUUACAUGAAAUGUCAGAUCAAAAUUUAACAUUCACUAACUUAUAUUGUUAUGUCGACUACGUUUACAUUGGUCAUUCAUGUAUUAUGGGUGUAAUACGUACACAACAUAAUCAAAUUCAGAAUAUUACUACUACUAUUGUCACAACUACAGUGACUCCUACGGGUGCUCCACCCACUGUCUUAUCAGUUACUACCACUAUAUCAGCACCAUCUACUGCUAAAACUAUUACAACCAUAAACUCAGCUUAUGUGAAACUACGGUUUCUUUCCUCCGGAUCUGUGCUGUCACUGGAUCCAAUAUAUCCAAAACUCAACACUACUUUACCGACUUUGACUUUUAGAAAACUGCCUCUUGGAGGAUAUGUAUCAAUAACUCAUACUCUGUCUGGAAGAAAUAUUAAUUACGACUUUGAUCUUUACGAUGAAAAUGAUAAAUUAAUCAGUUAUAACUUUCCAUUUAAACCUAUUGUUGGAAGUGCGUAUGGCAUUUUUAAUAUAUUGAACAAUAAUAAGAUGAUAGUGGCACUAAAUGAAACGACCACUUCUUGGAGUCUUCUUUCAAUCGAAACGCCAAUACUUUCCCAAUACAGUG